CCCCCUCACUCGCGCGUUAGGAGGCUCUGGUCGUUUUGCUCCGUCGUCUUCCCGCCUGCGUCAGGGACCUGCCCUACUCAGUGGCCACCAUGGCAUCAGAUGAAGGCAAGCUUUUCGUUGGAGGGCUGAGUUUUGACACCAAUGAGCAGUCGCUGGAGCAGGUCUUCUCAAAAUAUGGACAGAUUUCUGAAGUGGUGGUCGUGAAAGACAGGGAGACCCAGCGGUCACGAGGCUUUGGGUUUGUCACCUUUGAGAACAUCGACGAUGCCAAGGAUGCCAUGAUGGCCAUGAAUGGGAAGUCUGUGGAUGGGCGACAGAUCCGAGUUGACCAGGCUGGCAAGUCGUCUGAUAACCGAUCCCGUGGGUACCGAGGUGGCUCUGCUGGGGGCCGGGGAUUCUUCCGUGGGGGCCGAGGCCGGGGCCGUGGGUUCUCCAGAGGAGGAGGGGACCGAGGCUAUGGGGGGAGCCGGUUCGAGUCCAGGAGUGGGGGCUAUGGGGGCUCCAGAGACUACUACAGCAGCCGGAGUCAGGGUGGUGGCUAUGGUGACCGGAGCUCUGGAGGGUCAUAUAGAGACAGCUACGACAGUUAUGCUACACACAACGAGUAAAAAUCCUUCCUGCUCAAGAUCGUCCUUCCAAUGGCUGUAUAUUUAAAGAUUUUGGGAGCUUCGCUGAAUCGUUAAUGUGUAGUGAACACACCUCCUUGUACCCACUUUUGUAGUCUUAUCAGUUCUGAUCUUGUCAAACACAGCCUGACUGCUUCUGACCCCCCAGAUGGCUUCAUUACUAGACUACUUUUUAAGGAAGCGCUGUCCGUUUUUAAGGGUUUUAAAAACGUUUUGAAAAGCACUUCAGAUUUUACUUUUUUGUUUUUACCAUGAGCCAUGAGUUUUUUAGAAAAUCAUUGGGGGUUGUGUGGGUUUUUUUGGUUUUGGUUGUGUUGUCUUUUUUUACUUCCCUUUUUAGUGGGGUUGGCCUGGUGAAGUUGGGUCCCCCGAUUUAAGUCUCUUUGGGUGGACUCAGUCCGCUCUUUAUUGGAAGCUGAGCGAGCCAUGGCUUUUUCCAACUUCAUGUACUGUUUCUGAGUAUAGCAUGGUAGGACCUGCCUUGGGUGGCAGCAGAGGUGCCUGGCCACCUGGGCCCCACCUGUACAGCCCAUCUGCUGUGUAUGACUUACAGUAGACUUGGAGAUGUCCCCAAGAGGUUCUUGAAAAUGUUUAUUUAUAUUGUCCUUUUUUACUGGAAGACAUGCAUAUCCCAUUGAUGUUGUAUUUGAAGUGGUUAAGGAAUUCUUGUACACAGUUUUUUUGGCUUUACGAAGCCGAUUAAAAGACCGUCUGAAAUGAA